GAUAGGACAGCUCUAGUCCUUACAUAUCUAGUCCUAUAGCUUAGUUGGGAUUGACUGAUGUUAUACCGCAGGCUGAGUCGUGUUGUUUCUGCUCCAUUUUGUGCCUGAAGAAGUCGCUAACAAGCCACAAGUCAUACUAUUUUAAAAAGUGACCCCUUGUUUCCUGCCCAGGAUGAGGGUGCGCUCCUUGGAGCCGUGCGGGGAGACGGGCGUGGUCCUCCUGGGCCUCCUCACGCUGCUGGUGUCGGUGAGACUGUCCACCACGGGCCUGCAGGAGGACGGCGUGGCUUCCAACAGUCUUGAAGAAGCGCUGCAGGUGACCACGUACUGGUGGGGGGAGUGGGCUAAGUGGACAGCGUGCACUCGCACCUGUGGGGGUGGAGUCAAGUCACAGGAACGACACUGCCUCAAACAGAGAAAGAAAGUGACUGCAGGAAAAGACAACAUGACGUGCACAGGGACCCCCAAGAGAUACCACCUGUGCAACACACAGGAAUGUCCCACCAGUGGGAGGAGCUUCAGAGAGGAGCAGUGCUGGUCAUUCAACUCGCAGCUUUACAGUGGGCGGAGCUACCAGUGGAAACCGCUGUAUCCCGACGACUACGUGCACAUAUCCAGUAACCCCUGUGACCUCCACUGCACCACCGCCGAUGGCCAGAGGCAGCUGAUGGCGCCGGCUCGCGACGGAACGUCCUGCAAGUACAGCAGCUAUCGCGGCGUCUGCGUGGACGGUAAGUGUGAGCCAAUCGGGUGCGACGGCGUGCUCUUCUCGUCCAACACGUUGGACAAAUGUGGAGUCUGCCGGGGCGAUGGCAGCAGCUGCAGCAGAGUCACCGGGAACCUCCGGCGGGGUUCUACCACUCUGGGUUACUCCUUCAUCACGCAAAUCCCUGAAGGAUCGUGGGACAUCCAGAUCAUCGAGAGGAAGAAGUCCGCAGAUGUCCUCGCUGUGACCGAUCAGGCCGGAAACUUCUUCUUCAAUGGCGCCUACAAGGUUGACAGUCCUCAGAACUUUCAUGUGGCGGGAACCGUCUUCAAGUACCGUCGCCCAAUGGAUGUGUACGAGACCGGCAUCGAGUACAUCGUGGCCAAAGGACCCAUUGACCAGGCCAUCAACAUCCUGGUCUGGAACCAGAACGGUCGCACACCUUACAUCACGUACGAGUACACCAUCCUGCGGGACUCCCUGCCGCCCGUCCCGCCUCCCCCCGUCUACACCGGACUGGACACGUCGGCCGGGGAUGUCUCCUUGGAAGCGGUGGCUCUGCCGGCCCCCAACAACAGCCAUUAUGAGCAGGCACCUCCUAAUGGAAUGUUAGAGGCAGGGGAGGACAUGGUCAAGAAUAGCCAGGAAACAAAUGAGGUCUACGAGGAAACGGAGGCCAUCGACUGUGACCAGGACGAAGCAUCCGACUCAACAUUGGCAGAGAGAAACAGCAGCCAUACUGGAAGUACCGCCAACCCGGUCCCUGUUGGCGGGCCGCUGAAUCCCAAAGCGGACUCCCCGAACCUCAUCUGGAGGGUCCUGCUGGAAGGCCGGCUCAACCCUGAUGAGCUGCUCGUCAACAUUUCCAGCAAUCAGCUGCUGACUGAAGGAGACGGCUUCUUCUCAGCUGACGUGGACUCCAGCAGUCUGGAGCCAGAUGGACCCUAUGGCAUGAACCACACCUUGGAGUUUACAAUGGGUCGCAAACGGAACGACAGCGGAGACGGGUUCUACCAGAACAAGACGGUGCAGAGGACCAUCAGCCGCUUCAACAGAACCAGAGGAAAUCCCAGGCUCUACCAGAAGAAUCUGAAGCUCAGUCCAGCUGACAUGUACCGCUGGAAACUUUCCUCUCAGGAACCCUGCAGCAUGACUUGCUCCAUCGGUGUGUCCAAGUCCUUCGUCACGUGUGUCCGUUAUGACGGCAUCGAGGUGCACGACAUGUACUGUGAUGCUCUGACCAAACCAGAACCAGUCCACGACUUCUGCAUUGGACGGGAAUGUCAGCCCAGGUGGGAGGCCAGCAGCUGGAGCGAGUGCUCGAGGACUUGCGGGGAAGGGUUCCAGUUCCGGCAGGUCCGCUGCUGGAAGAUGCUGUCGCCUGGCCUUGACAGCUCCGUCUACAGUGAUCUCUGCAGCAUGGCUGACUUGGAGAGACCCGUGGAGAGGCGGGCAUGCAAAAGCCCUGCCUGCGGACCGCAGUGGGAGGUAGCUGAGUGGACAGAGUGUUCUGCCAAAUGUGGCCAAAGAGAUCAGGUGACCCGCGACGUCCGCUGCUCCGACGAAAACAGUCCAUGCGACGAGAUGACCAAACCACCGAAUAUCAAAAACUGCACGGGUCCGCCUUGCGAACGCCACUGGACCGUGUCGGAGUGGGGGCCUUGCUCGGGGUCGUGUGCCCAGGGGAGGAUGGUGCGGCAUGUAUACUGUAAGGCUCCCGAGGGUCGUGUAGUGCCUCAGGACCAGUGUUCCGCGGACGAGAAGCCCUUGGCCAUACACCCGUGUGGCGAGAGGGACUGUGCCCCACACUGGUUGAGUCAGGACUGGGACAAGUGCAACACCACGUGCGGCCGCGGUGUCAAACGGAGGAUUGUCCAGUGCGUUGGCAUCGGCGCCGGAAAGUUCCAGACCUUUGAUGAUGAGGCGUGCGGUGCUGGCGAGAAGCCCGAAAACGAAAACACCUGCUUUGAGAGGCCGUGCUUCAAGUGGUACACCACGCCCUGGUCCGAGUGCACAAAGACGUGCGGCGUGGGCGUGAGGAUGCGUGACGUCAAGUGUUACCAGGAGCGGGAGUUGGUCCGAGGGUGCGACCCGCUCACAAAGCCUGUGUCCAAACAGACGUGCAGCCUUCAGCCGUGUCCCACCGAGCCGCCGGACGAGAGCUGCCAGGACCGGCCCACCACCAACUGUCUGCUGGCGCUGAAGGUCAACCUGUGCAGCCACUGGUACUACAGCAAGGCCUGCUGCCACUCCUGCCGCGCCUUGAGACCGCCCCCAUCCUAGUCCGGGCCACCCGGCAAAGCCCCAAAGCAGCGCCCGCGCAUGGAAGCUGAACUGAAGCGGUACCGAGUCUUUCAUCAGGUCGCCCGAGUGGAGCGUUUACAUUGUCUGAGACGACGACCUUUCACACACUAAAGUACGAGCUCUGUCGUGGUGAGGACCCCCAGACCAACCAAAGUGCCUCCUGCUUGGGGAUGAUGAUGAUGAUUACGAAGAAGAGCUCCUCUGCUGGAAAUUCAAACAUUAUUUAAUGACGACAGGAAGUGAAAUGUGCACGGAAGCAUAUUUAUUAGUCACAGCACAUUUUGCGUGUAUCGCGACCUCCCGAUGUGUCCUCAUCAGGGCGAAAGAUGGCGGACAGAGGAGACCAUGAUUCCUGACACUUGAAAUGUACUCACUUUCAUAUAACGGAUACCUCUUUGUACAAAACACCGCCUUGGUAAUAAAGAUGAGGAAGUAGCCCAGUUCAGAAAG